GAAUUCAAACCGAACUUGAAAUUGGCAAAAAAUAACGUAACUAUGUAGUUUUUUUUUGUUUGUUUUUUUUUUGAAGUAACUAUCUCGUUUUUCAUGUCAUAAAAUGUAUCGAUAUACGUGUCAUUAAUUUUUUUUUCCACAAAAAUUGUUCGGGUUAUUUUUUAAGGGUCGGUGUAAGCGUUUAGCCCUAUGGAUCUUAAUAGAGCUCGGAAUUUACAAGACGUAAAAUUUAUGAAAUCUUAAUAUUAAUUCCAUUAACUUUUUGUUACAACUUUGGGGUAUUAUUUGUGAGAUAUAAAAUAUUCCAAAGUUGCAACUAAAAGUUAAUGGAGGUAAUACUAAUGCAAAAAUAUACUCUAUAGUAUGAAACGAAUUUAAUAAAUAUUGGUAAUGGGGCAAAAAUAAUUUAGAGACGAAUGAAAUACUUUACGGUUAUACCUUCAAGUAUAUUGUGGGCAAGUGCCUAUUGGGCUAUUGGAGUAGGUUUCAAAAAGAAAAAAAAAAAAAGCGUCUAUUAGAGUAUAUAUUUUUUUGGUGUUUAGAGAACCAAAAAGGCGUGUGAGUAAAAAUCGAUUCCAAAAUUUCCUGAAAUCGGAAGAAAAACUCUAAUUACUUGAGCUAUUAAGGUACCCCGGAGUAUUGGUUGUGCUCGUAGAACAUAAAUCUUCGCUGCUUAGUUCGGCAGUUCCUAGCUCAGUAAUCCGUAGAUCAAAGUAAAUAUCUCAUCUUUAUCUCUUCCUCCUUUCAUCUCUCUCUCUUCAAUGGUGGAACUUUCCCGCCAAAUAAAUCCUCCAUAGCAGCAACCAUUUUCCUUCUCCAAUUCCGCCAUGAUCAAACCUCAAAGUUCCGCGUCUUUCCUUUUCUCUCUCCUCAUUCUCUUCUCCUCUUCUCUUCAUUCCCCCUUUCUCGAUGACGGAACCCUAACCCUAAUUCACCGUCCUAAGCCGGAUUCCUCAAAUUCGCGAAGAAACUACAUCGUCCGAUUCUUCAAUUACAAGGAUGCCGAUGUUCACCAAAGUUACCUCCGUCGUAGCAUCAAAUCCAAUGGCUGGGAAUGGAUCGAGCGCCGGAAUCCUGCGGCGAAGUUUCCGACUGAUUUCGGCGUCGUUUCGAUUGAAGAAUCGGUUGAAAUGGCGGUGAUCGGAGAAAUUGAGGGUUUGAAUAAGGUGAAGGAUGUAUCAGUGGAUUUUAGCUACUCGAGGAGCUUGCUUGAGGAGGAGAAAUUGGAGAGAGAAAGUGUUUUUUGCGAUGUGAAGAAGCGGCCUGGGAAGAUAUUUACCAAAAUGUCCUUUGAGGCUGAGGAAGAAGGUGUUGGAGGUCACUGGAGCUCGCUGAGCAACCAGACGAUCGAUUGGAGGCGCCGGAAUCUUCUGGAAAAGAGUUCUCAAGUGACCUCCCUCUUUGGCGCUGAUGUUUUAUGGGCCAAGGGCUACACAGGUGCUAAAGUAAAAAUGGCAAUCUUUGAUACUGGAAUUAGGGCAAAUCACCCUCAUUUUCGCAAUAUUAAGGAGCGAACUAAUUGGACAAACGAAAACACUUUAAAUGACAAUCUUGGACAUGGGACAUUUGUUGCUGGAGUUAUAGCUGGCCAAGAGUCAGAGUGCCCUGGAUUUGCUCCAGAUACUGAAAUUUAUGCUUUUCGUGUAUUUACUGAUGCACAGGUGUCAUACACAUCAUGGUUCCUUGAUGCAUUCAACUAUGCCAUUGCAACUAAUAUGGAUGUGCUAAAUCUGAGUAUUGGUGGUCCUGAUCACUUGGACCUUCCAUUUGUGGAGAAGGUUUGGGAACUAACAGCUAACAACAUAAUCAUGGUUUCUGCAAUUGGAAAUGAUGGGCCACUCUAUGGUACACUGAACAACCCAGCUGAUCAAAGUGAUGUCAUUGGAGUUGGUGGUAUAGACUAUACUGAUCACAUUGCAUCAUUUUCUUCACGUGGCAUGAGCACAUGGGAGAUUCCACAUGGAUAUGGCCGUGUGAAGCCAGAUGUUGUCGCUUAUGGACGUGACAUUUUGGGUUCAAAAAUCAGUACAGGGUGCAAAACUUUGUCAGGCACAAGUGUUGCAAGUCCCGUGGUUGCUGGAGUGGUGUGCUUGCUAGUCAGUAUCAUUCCAGAGAGCAACAGAAAACGCACCCUGAAUCCUGCAAGCAUGAAGCAAGCACUGGUUGAAGGAGCUGCGAGGCUCUCUGGUCCUAAUAUGUAUGAACAGGGUGCUGGGAGAGUUGACCUGUUAGAAUCAUAUGAAAUCUUAAAGAAUUACAAACCACGGGCAAGCAUCUUUCCUAGCGUGCUGGACUUUAUGGAUUGCCCUUAUUCAUGGCCUUUUUGUCGUCAACCUCUCUAUGCUGGUGCCAUGCCUGUUAUAUUUAAUGCUACUAUUCUGAAUGGUAUGGGAGUGAUUGGCUAUGUUUAUGAGUCACCGAACUGGCAUCCAUUUAACGAGGAAGGCAAUCUGCUUAGCAUCCAUUUUACAUAUUCAGAGGUUGUAUGGCCAUGGACUGGCUAUUUGGCACUCCAUGUCCAGAUUAAGGAAGAAGGUGCACAGUUUCAUGGAGUGAUUGAAGGUAACGUGACUGUUAAGAUCCGAAGUCCACCUGUUCAAGGUGAGAAAGAAGUACGAACUAGCAUAUGUGUUCUCAGAUUGAGAUUGAAAGUUGUUCCAACUCCUGCAAGAUCCAAAAGGAUCCUGUGGGAUCAAUUUCACAACAUCAAAUAUCCACCUGGCUAUAUACCUAGAGAUUCAUUGGAUGUCCGCAAUGAUAUCCUAGAUUGGCAUGGGGAUCAUCCCCACACAAAUUUCCAUACUAUGUUCAACAUGUUGAGUGAUGCCGGAUACUAUGUUGAGACCCUUGGUUCUCCACUUACAUGUUUUGAUGCUCGCCAGUAUGGGACCCUCCUGCUUGUUGAUCUUGAAGAUGAAUACUUUGAAGAAGAGAUAAUUAAGUUGAGGGAAGAUAUUCUGAACACUGGAUUGGGCUUGGCUGUGUUUGCUGAGUGGUAUAAUGUUGAGACAAUGGUUAAAAUGAGAUUUUUUGAUGAUAACACAAGGAGCUGGUGGACCCCUGUUACUGGUGGUGCAAAUGUUCCUGCACUGAAUGACCUUUUGGCCCCAUUUGGGAUUGCAUUUGGUGAUAAGAUCCUUAAUGGUGAUUUUUCGAUUAAUGGUGAACAAAGUAGGUAUGCAUCAGGAACCAACAUACUAAGGUUUCCAGCUGGUGGAUAUGUUCACAGUUUUCCUUUCAUAGAUAGGUCAGAUGGGGGAGCUACUCAGAAUGUGCUAUCAUCCGGUCUGAUGAAGGAAAAUUCACCUAUUCUUGGUUUUCUGGAGGCUGGUGAAGGCCGGAUAUCAGUUUAUGGAGAUUCAAAUUGUCUUGACAGUAGCCAUAUGGUUACUAAUUGCUUUUGGCUCUUAAAAAAAAUAGUAGAGUUCACCAGUAGUAAUAUCAGGGAUCCAAUUCUUUUCUCAGAUUCUGUUAGACAGGGUGCAUCCUUGUAUAUAGAUGAUAAGCAGUUGCCAUCACGAAGGACUGACGUGAAUUUCUCAGCCUAUUCCGCUGUCAUGGGGAAGGAAUUGAUGUGCCGGACUGACUCCAGGUUUGAAGCGGUAGGAACUAAAGGUUAUAAUAUGCAAGUUAGGGGAAGAAACAGAAUACUUCCUGGUUACCAUGCUAUUGAUAUGGGCAGAAGUUCAAAUUCCAGUUUUGAGGGCUCAGGUCUGAAAGUCCACCGUAUAGUUCCCCUGAAAACUGGCGAUUCUACAAGUAACAAGUAUUUUGGCCUCUUUUACACGGAUGAGCUUGACAUGCCUGUGCUGGUUGCUAGUCAUUGGCUUGUACCUGCAAUAAUUGCCACUUCUGGAUUCUUGCUUGUUUUGAGCUUUUGGCGAAUCCGACAAAAGCGGCGGCGAAGGAGGAAAGGUUCAAGCUCUGGUAGAUAUCCAAAUGUGUAAUAUAAUUGGCGGAAAAGUUUUGUAGCAAAGAUCGUAGUUCUUAAGAUUGAAGCACAAUUAGAUUUUAGGAUCUGUAUUUGAAACUGAAAUUUAGAUUAGUCUUUUUCUUACUCUUAUAGCUUUUGGCUAGAUCCAACUUAAAUACAUUCUAGGCUCCAAAAAUUACACAAGUAAAAAGAUCUUUGUUGUACUGUUACUGUCAUGUUGGUAGUUAAGUUUCGAUAUAGUAACUUAGUAUCUGCAGUCACAUAUAAAGGUCCAACUUAUGGAA